AUUCUUGUUGUUGCUGCUGUUGGUUCACAGUAAGUUAAGCUUCAGUCUUAAGAGAGAGAGAGAGAGAGAGAGAGAAAGAGUUGUUGUCUGAACGAUGUCACUUUCUGUCGGCAUUGUCUGCACUUCUUCUUCCCUUUCCCUUCAAGUUGUUCUAGAAACUCCAUCAGAGACUUGAUGUUUCAAACCUCUUCCUCUUCUUCUUCCAUUUUUCACACCAAAUCUUCUUGUUUUUUUUUGUUCAUUUUUUCUUGGUUUGAUUGAUUAUUGAAUCUGCGGUUUAAGGAUCUCUCACAUUGAAUGUUCUUGGGAGAAGAAUCACACAGUUAUUCGCCGGUGAAGUAGAGAGAUUUUAUUUAUUUUCCUGGAGAUCUGUCAAGGGUUAUCGCAUGGUAGCUUGGAGAAUUGGAGAAGAGACUAUCAAAUGUCAGCUAUUCCUGCAGCAGCAGCCAUUGGAGUUGCUGUUGGAGCUCUUGUCUUGAUUUCUCUUUUGGUUUUUCUCCUUUGGUUUUGCAUCUUUCGCCGCAAGAAUGCGUCAAGAACCUCUGAUGAGACAGGCUCCUCUGAUCCAUCAACUCAAGGAAGAAAUGUUGCGAUUGAGUUGUCAAUGAGAGAAGCUAGAAGGUUUGAAAUGGAGGAACUUGCUCAAGCCACCAAGAGUUUCACCAAUAAAAGCCUUAUUGGUAUUGGCAAAUUCGGAGAGGUUUACAAAGGUUUGCUUCAAGACGGUGUUCUUGUAGCUAUCAAGAAAAGGCCUGGCUUGCCUACACAAGAAUUUGUCAACGAGGUUCGUUAUCUAUCAUCUAUCAACCAUCGUAAUCUUGUUACUCUUUUGGGGUAUUGCCAAGAAAGCAACACGCAGUUUCUUGUCUACGAGUAUGUUCCUAAUGGAAGUGUUUCCAGUCACCUGUACGGUGAUCGUGGUAAAGUACCUGGAAACAGAUUAGAAUUCAGAAACAGGCUUGCCAUCUCAAUAGGAGCAGCUAAAGGCUUGGCACAUCUUCACUCGCUGAGUCCUAGACUGAUACACAAGGACUUCAAAACUGCUAAUGUUCUUGUGGACGAGAACUUCAUUGCUAAAGUUGCGGAUGCAGGAGUCCGCAAUUUCUUAGGAAGAGAGGAUGUUGGUACAUCUUCUAACGUUGUUGCAGACCAGAUCUUCCUCUCCCCUGAGGUUCAAGAGUUCAGAAGAUAUUCAGAGAAAAGUGAUGUGUAUGCUUUUGGGGUGUUCCUUUUGGAAUUAGUAAGUGGAAGAGAAGCAUCAGAACCAUCCCCUUCAAGCUCAACACAAACUCUUGUCGAAUGGAUGCAAAACAUAACGGAUUACACUGAGAUACCAGAAAUGAUCGAUGAGAGACUAGGUGGUACUUACACAGCAGAAGGAGCGGAGGAGGUUAUUACACUGACAUUAACAUGUCUUGAUGUUUCAAGUGAGAAGAGACCAACAAUGAGUUAUGUUGUGACAGAACUGGAGAGGAUAUUGGACAAAGAAGUGAGCUUAACAACAGUCAUGGGUGAAGGUACUCCAACUGUUACUCUUGGAAGUCAGCUUUUUAAAUGAGAUCAAAAAAGUUACAUAUAUAUAUACAUAUAUAUUCAAGAAGAGGAUGAAGAAGAAGAAUGAUCAGCUGUGUUUGUGUUAAGUGUAUAAAGAACAGCUGAGCUAUUAUUAUUAUUAUUCGUUUGUUUGUUUUUCCUCCCUUUUUUUUACUUCCUCUGGAGGUUAUUUUCAGCAAUUUUUUUUUUAAAAUGAGUGCAGAAAAUAUAACUUUGUAAAAACAUUAUUUAUUGAUGAUAUAAAGGAAGCAAAGAGUGUGGAAUGUUGUGUGA